AGCCUCCGGUGGCUGCUCACUCAGCCUCCCUUCUCCAGCCGUGACAGCACCGGAGCCUCUGGGACACCUAGACCAUGGACCCCCGGGAGUGCUCCUGCAUGUCUGGAGGGAUCUGCAUCUGUGGAGAUGACUGCAAAUGCACAACUUGUAACUGUAAAACAUGUCGGAAAAGCUGCUGCUCCUGCUGUCCCCCAGGCUGUGCCAAGUGUGCCCAGGGCUGCAUCUGCAAAGGAGACUCAAACAAGUGCAGCUGCUGCCACUGAAAUGCA